ACAAGAUGGAAGGAACAUCAAAAUCCAAAGCACCUGAGCAUGCAAGAUGCUGGGUCUUGAUAUUUUUAUUGUGUUCCACUUUUAUCAACUCCAUCAUUUGCAGCCGUACAAACCAAAACAAGCUGCUGGUAGGAUUCCAGGCUCCUCGGAAUUUAUCCUAUCCAUUCAGUGCUUUAAAACUGGGCUCUGCCAUGCAGCUUGCCAUAGAUAAAAUUAAUUCUAACCCAUCCUUUGUUGAAAAUUAUACCCUUGACUUUGUGUAUGUGGACACCGACUGUAAAGCGAAGCUUUCGCUUGGAGCGUUCAUUGACCAAAUUUGGAGGGGAAAUAUAUCAGCCCUCUUUGGGCCACCUUGUCCUGAGGAGGCAGAGGUCACUGGACUUCUUGCAUCCACUUGGAAUAUCCCAAUGUUUGGCUUUGUUGGGCAAACAAGCAAAAUGGAUAAUACUCUUAUUUAUGACACUUAUAUCAAAAUUGUCCCUCCACUUAAAAGAGUGGGAGAAAUUUUGCUCAAGGCACUGGAGUUCUUUGGGUGGAAUAAUGUUGGUAUAAUUGGAGGAGGUGCAGAAUCUAAUACUUGGGACAAAGUGGAUGGACUUUUUAAAUCUGUUGAACAGCAACUCCAAGGCAGAGUAACAGUGACAAGCAGUAUCAAGUUUGAUGUCAGUGAUCAGGAACUCACUCAUAAGAAUGUGAAGCAUAUCUCCAAAGUUGCAAGAGUGAUUAUAGUGCUAAGUAAUGCUGAAGAUUCCACUAAGCUGGUGAUGGAGGCUGAAAGACAGGGCUUGAUGAAUGGAGAGUAUGUUUUUCUUCUGAUACAGCAGUUUGAGGUCAGUGGCAAUGUGGAUAACCUGUGGAAAACUGCUUUGAGUGACAACAGCCAAAGGGCACUAAAGGCAUUUGAUAUGGUGUUUGUCCUUGCUGAGAAGUCUUAUGAAGGCUAUGAUUAUUAUGACUUCUUUGAACGUGUACAUGAGAGAUUGAAAGAGGCCCCUUUUUACAGCAAUCUUUCUUCAGACAGAGAAGUAAGCCCUUAUUCAAGCUACCUCCAUGAUGCUGUCCUGCUCUAUGCCAUGGCACUAAAGGAGGCUCUCAAAGAUGGCAAAGAUCCUUAUAAUGGGCGAGAUGUUCUUCAGAAGCUCAAAGACAAAAACAGCAUCAGGUUUUAUGGAGCCUCAGGUCUAGUUCACUUUGAUGAAUAUGGAGAGAGGAACACAGACUAUUCUUUGUAUGACUUGCAACUGCAUGAAGGCAUCAUAAAAUUUGUCCCCAUUCUAACCUUUGACAGUCAUACAAAAAUAAUCAAAACAACAUCACGGUUUUCAACUGUGAUCUGGCCAACAGGGAAAAUACCAACAGAUAAACCAGAGUGUGGUUUUGAAAAUGAACUCUGUGAAUGGCUAAACAGUGAGAUAUAUCUGGUGUCAUUGUUGGUGGCCCUGCCACUGUUUGGAGUGCUAGCAGUGAUCUUGAUUACACUCCUGACCCUGCAGAAGACCCGUCUGCAGACAAAACUAGAUGACUCCAACUGGUGGCUCAUCAACUACAGUGAUAUCACUAUUCUCACAGAACCUAAGGGAGGGCAGGCAUUAUCACUGAAUACGACUCCUAGCAAAAGUGGAAGUGGUGGCUCUCAGACCAUGAUCUCCACUAACAGCUUUGGUCUGAAGGACAAAAAUGGCAAAGAAACCAUCUAUGCUACAGUUGGCCUGUACCAGGUACAAACGGUCAAAGGGUCUACUUCAUCAUCGCAGGGAAAUCAUGUGAGCAUCAAAUACUUGGACAAUCAACUUCUGCGUGAUGUCAAGAAACCAUCUAUUAUUGCUGAGUUCAACGUGAUGAAGGAGCUUAAACAUGAAAACUUGGUACAAUUUUUUGGAGUUUGUAAUGAACCUCCUAAUGUCUGCAUGGUCAUGCAAUACUGCAAAAAAGGCAGCUUAAAGGAUGUUCUCAGGAACAAUGAAAUUGAUCUGGACUGGAUGUUUAAACUAUCCUUUGCCUAUGACAUUGUCAAUGGUAUGGAGUACAUACACAGGAGCAGUCUGAAGUCUCAUGGCAAUCUGAAGCCAACCACAUGUCUAGUGGACAGCCGGCUGCAGGUCAAACUUUCAGGCUUUGGACUAUGGGAGUUCAAACACGGCACCAAACACAGACUGAUCCCACUUGAGAACCCCAAAUAUGAAGAGUUGUACUGGAUUGCUCCAGAGCUUUUGAGAGAAGUGCACCUUCCAUUCAAUGGUACUCAAAAAGCAGACGUGUUUAGCUUUGCAAUAAUCAUGCGAGAGUUAAUCUACAGCACGGAAGUGGGACCCUACAGUGAUAUACAGUUGGAGCCAAAAGAAAUCAUCAAACAGCUCAGAGCACCUCUAGCAGGGGAGCCUCUCAGACCUACUCUAUCUGCUCAGAUGUGUGACGAAGUUUUGAUAACUCUUCUGAAUGCAUGCUGGAGUGAGAAUCCUGACCAAAGACCCCCCUUUACCUCCAUUAGGAGGAGCCUGCGAGAAAUCAGCCCUGACAGCCAUGCUAAUAUCUUGGACAAUAUGGUAAACAAGCUGGAAAAAUAUGCUAAUCACCUAGAGGAAGUGGUGGAGGAGAGGACCAAUCAACUCACUCUAGAAAAGAGCAGAGCUGAUAAACUUCUCUCUAGUAUGCUUCCCAGAUACAUAGCAGAUCAGUUAAUGUCAGGAAAGGCAGUGGAGCCCAUGAGUUAUGACACGGUGACCAUUUUCUUCUCUGACAUUGUGGGCUUCACUACCAUGUGUUCGGUCAGCUCAGCCCUGGAAGUAGUGACACUCCUCAAUGACCUCUACAGCCUGUUUGAUGAGAUCAUCAAACUCUAUGAUGUAUAUAAGGUGGAAACUAUAGGAGAUGCGUAUAUGGUGGCAAGUGGGCUGCCUAUAAGCAAUGGAACCAGGCAUGCAGAAGAAAUCUCGAUUAUGGCCCUCCAUUUCCUCAGUGCCAUUAAAAGAUUCAGAAUCAGACACUUGCCCAAUGAGAAGCUGGCUCUCCGGAUCGGGAUCAACUCUGGUCCAGUGGUUGCUGGUGUUGUGGGAACAACGAUGCCCCGCUACUGCUUGUUUGGAGACACAGUGAAUACUGCCUCUAGGAUGGAGAGCAGCAGUCUGCCGCUGAAGAUUCAUAUCUCCCAGAGUACUGCUGAAAUUCUCAUGAAGAUUGGCUCUUAUGAGCUUGAGGAGAGAGGAGACAUUGAGCUGAAGGGAAAGGGGUUUCAGAAGACUUUCUGGUUAAACAAUAAAGUGGGCCUGAAGUUUCCUCUCUCACCGCAGCACUAUGAUGUGAAACCGGGUCCAGAACCAGAGGUGACAUAUAAACCAAACAUCAGCAGUGAUGUGGAGAGUAAAGAAAAAGGAAGAACACAGAAAAUCCAUGAAGAUAAAAUACCUGGUGCUUACACACUGACUGUUCCUGACAUCUAGAGACCAGU